AACCAGCUCCAGCCCAGUAGCUCCCGCGCAACUAUCCUAUCAAUCGUUCGAGAUGGCGGAGAAUACAGAGCAGAUGGUAGAGCAAGCUAAGCGGCUACAUGGGUGUAUGGAGUGGCUGGCCACUACGUUGACCGAGCACCGGACUGCGGGUGAUAAAGUCUCGGCUAUCAAGGAUAAGCUGGAUGUUUUUGAAGAGAUCAUCCAGAGCUUUGAGACCGUGGUUGGGGGCAGGCGCGCCCAAUUGGAACGCCGCGAAGAGGCUGUAGGACGUCGCGAAGCCUCCGUAGAGGAUCGCGAAGCCUCCGUAGAGAAUCACGAGAGACUGCAAAAUGCUCUCAUGGUGAGAUCGGAGCGGCUACUGGAGGGGGAAGAAACGCUGCGACAGGAUCGAGACAGCGUAGAGAAAAGGGAGGCGGCUCUCGAGAUGGCUCAAAGCGUUCUACGGUAUGAGCGCAACAACAUAGAACAAGAGCGCCUGGAGUUGAGGAACGAAUGGGGCUCGGUGGAAAUAGCGAAGGUAAACCUGGAGUGUGAGAUGGAAAAUCUCACAUUCACAACGGGCGAGGCCCUCUCGGAGCUGAAAGAUUCCAAGGAUCAGCUGCAGAGUUUAUGGCAGCGAGACGUCCAAGCUCACUCCGACAGAGUAGAAAAUCUCUCUCGGGAGUUAGAAGCCGCGAAGGAGGGCGCCCGCGCAGCCAAUAAGGUCGCGGAAGAGGCCCUGGAAGCGAAGCGUAGGGAGGAGCAACGGGCGAGCAGUUUCGAGAAUACCGCUCGGCAGGUCACAGAGGCUAAGGACUUGGUAUGCAUAGAGCUCUCGGCCGCUACUAACAAGAUAGCGGAGCUAGAAGCUAUGCUCGCGAAGGCGACCUUAGAUAGCAAGUCUCUCUUGGAACAGGCUCAGGAGGCCACGAGUAAAGAGGAAAAGCGGGCGAAUAGUUUAGAGAACGCCGCUCGGGAACUCGAAGAGGCCAAAGCCUUCGGGGCCAAGGCCUCGGUAGAAGCCGAGCUCGCCUUCGAAAGGAGCUCCCUCGCCGACAAAUCCGCCGCUCUAGCCGUCGUGGAAGAAGAAAGGGACGGCCUCAGCUCCCGGGUCCAAGUCCUAGAGAGUACUGUCAAGUCGCUCGAAGAGAAGGUAGCUACGCUAGAGCAGGCAAAGAUCCAGCUGAAAACCCAGAUGGACAAGGUCCUGCCGGCCGUUGCGACGGAGGCCGCGGACAAGCCGAAGAGGGCACGCAAAGAAGAACCCAUCGCGCGUCUGUCAUCCUGGCACACAGCUGUAGACAAUGCGGGGGCGUUCCUUCGAAUAUGCCAGCCCGAGAUGGAUCCAGACGGCUCCUGCACCGAGGAACAAGUUAUGGAACCUAUGGUCCGGGCCGCCGUGAAGGAAGAAUCGCGGAAGAACUUGAUGGAAUUCUUCGAGUCGUCUCCUCGCGAUAGCUGGUGCUGCUUCGAGGGCGUGGUGGGAAGCGGGCGCUUCAAAGACGUUACUUCGAUUGUCGUCUCACGGCCUGGUGGUUACUCUCUCCGCUACCCUGUAGUCAGGUAUACGCCCUAUCUGGCCUCGUUAACCUCCUCGUCGCUACCACUUUGUAGCAAGGUGUAUGCGCUGGGCGUCGUCUCCUGGCUAUCCCUGGAUCUCUACAAGGACCUCGACAGUACUCCCUUUCAGGCCUAG